AUGCCUCGACCCUCAUUGCUCAUCGUUCCCGGGGCUUCCGGCCUCCCCGAAUUUUAUGACCCAUUCGUCGAAGCCGUCACAGCAAGAGGCUACGAUAUUAAAGCGUUGCAUAUACCCAGUGUCGGCCUUGUGACUGGUGCUAGGGAGGGGCCGCUGCCAACCAUGUACGACGACGCAGAAUUCAUUGCAAAGCACGUCCGCGAGCUUGCUGACCGCGGCAACGACGUGAUUCUCAUCACCCACUCCUACGGCGGUACGCCAGCUACGGAGAGUGUAAAGGGACUAACCAAGAAAAAGAGACAGAAGCAGGGUCUUAAGGGUGGAAUCAUUGGGAUCGCCUACAUGACAUCUCUCGUGCCCAACGUCGGGGGGUCAGCUGGAACUGUUAAGGCAGCCUUUCCAUCAGAGGAAAAGGUUCCCAUGGCAAUAGAUGAAAACGGCUGGUUCUACUACCCAGACAUCCCAAGGGUCGCUGAGCUGUCGUUCUCGAAUAUGCCCAAGAAUAAAGGCGAAUUCUGGGCGGCAAAGCUAGCAAAGCAUUCAUCCAUCAGCUUUGCCAAUCCGCUGACAUAUGCUGGUUUCAAGGAUGUUCCAGUGUCUUAUCUUCUCUGCGAAAACGACAGGGCAAUCGCGCCCCAGGUUCAGAAAGCUGGCAUUGAUAUGAUUGAGAAGGAGAGCGGUAACAAGAUUGAUGUUACAAGCAUUCCUGGUGACCAUGUUGCGCCUUUGAGCUCUAAGACCGAGGUUGUCGAAUGGAUUGUUGGUGUGGCUGAACGCAUGAGUAGUCUGUCUUGA